AUGCUAUUGACGUCCUCCCAAGUUUCCAUCGCGAUCUCGUCGGGAAUAAUUAUAACCUUCACCAUAGCUCUCUUCCUCAGCGGCUACGUAAUCCAACAACGCACCCUCCGCGACCUGCGGCGAGCAAUCCGUCCCGAUCCCCGCCCGAGCCCGAAAAUAUACCUACCCGACCGAUUCAGGGAGACGACGACCGAGCUCGAGGAUGGAAGGGUGGUGGGGCUCAAUGAGGGCGACGGCAGUCAGAAAGAUACAGUGGUUGAGAUUCGACCAAGUGUUCCUGACGAGGGAGGACAAAAAGUAAUGGCGGAUGAGCGGAGGAAAGAUGAUGGGACGGGGAAGAAUGGUAAGGGAGGGGAAGAGAAGAAAGAGCAGGAUGAAAAGCCCGAAAGCAGGGCGGAGAGGAGGAGAAGAAUUAAGAAGGAGAUCCAGGAACUAUCGCAGGGCGAGACGCCCAUGUAUUAUCAACGACGGCUGUGGUGA